CCCCCCCCCCUUCUCUCUCUCUUUUUAUUUUUUGCUUUCUCUCUCUCGUCUGAUUGAACUGAAAAAAACCGCUCUCGAGUUAUUAAAGUCAGGCGCAGCAAAAACCACCUUCUAAAACCGCUCUGGAAAUAAUCAGGAGCGGUUUCCGGUUUCCCGUACGGCUCUCUGCAACUGGAGUGGUUUCUCUCGGACUCUUCUGUUUCUGGAAGGGAAGGGGAAAUGAGGAUGAACCGGCGGUUUUCCUGUAGACCGGGUUCGAUUGGAAAACCGCUGGCGGUUUGAUGGAGAGUGGUUUUGGGGGGGUUUCUGUCUCUUCUUCGUCCCGCGUUUUGAUUGAUGGAGGUGAAGUUCCGGAGCGGAUGUCGGAUUUUAUUCGUCGCUGCGGUUUUAGAGAUCAUAUUGCUUCUGAUGCGGAUCGAAGCAGCUCAUGUCAAAUCACAAGAAAACCAGAUACAUUGGCAACGUCGUGAAGCAGAAGGAAAAGAUGUUCUCUCGCAUUCCUGCAUCCAUGAUCAGAUACUAGAUCAGAGGCGGCGUCCGGGCCGCAAGGAAUACUCGGUCACCCCUCAAGUCUAUGUGGAGGCUGACUACUUGAGAACCCAUCAUCGCAAAGGACGGGCAUUGCUCGGAGUUUCCCAAUCAUCGGAGCUGAAGGAGGAUGUGAGGCAGCCCAUCAGGAUAUAUUUGAAUUAUGAUGCUGUUGGGCACUCUCAUGAUAGAGAUUGUCGAGGUGUUGGCGAUGUUGUGAAGCUAGGAGAGCCUCCUGCCACUUCGGUUCUGGGCUCGCCUGCAUGUGAUCCUCGUGGAGAUCCUCCGGUUUUUGGAGAUUGCUGGUAUAAUUGUACAUUAGAUGAUAUAUCUGGAGAGGACAAGAAGCAUCGCCUUCGUAAGGCUUUGGGGCAGACGGCAGAUUGGUUCAGAAGAGCCUUGGCUGUUGAGCCUGUAAAAGGGAGCCUGAGGUUAAGUGGGUAUUCUGCUUGCGGCCAGGAUGGUGGGGUACAACUUCCGCGUGAAUAUGUAGAAGAGGGUGUUGCUGGUGCUGACUUGGUUCUUUUAGUAACUACGAGACCUACGACGGGUAAUACUCUUGCAUGGGCAGUGGCAUGUGAGCGGGAUCAGUGGGGCCGUGCAAUUGCCGGGCAUGUGAAUGUUGCUCCUCGUCACUUGACAGCUGAAGCAGAGACUUUACUUUCGGCUACUCUAAUACAUGAGGUUAUGCACGUUCUCGGAUUUGAUCCUCAUGCCUUCGCACAUUUUAGAGAUGAGAGGAAAAGAAGGCGUAGUAAGGUCACUGUGCAAUCUAUGGAUGAAAGGCUUGGACGGAUGGUGACCCGGGUGGUUCUUCCACGUGUCGUGAUGCACUCGAGAUAUCAUUAUGGGGCCUUCUCUGAGAAUUUUACUGGCUUGGAGUUGGAAGAUGGAGGAGGACGGGGUACAUCAGGAUCGCAUUGGGAGAAGAGACUUCUGAUGAACGAGAUCAUGACGGGAUCAGUGGAUACAAGAUCAGUAGUUUCAAAGAUGACACUGGCUUUAUUGGAGGAUAGUGGGUGGUAUCAAGCUAAUUAUAGCAUGGCGGACCGCCUUGAUUGGGGUCACAAUCAAGGAACGGAAUUCGUCACCUCCCCUUGUAAUCAAUGGAAAGGGGCAUACCAUUGCAACACGACACAGUUGUCGGGCUGUACAUAUAACAGAGAGGCGGAAGGGUACUGCCCAAUUGUAAGCUAUAGCGGGGACCUGCCGCAAUGGGCUCGCUAUUUCCCUCAGGCUAAUAAAGGUGGGCAGUCUUCAUUGGCUGAUUAUUGCACGUAUUUUGUUGCUUAUUCGGAUGGCUCAUGUACUGACACAAACAGUGCACGGACGCCAGACACAAUGUUGGGGGAAGUGCGUGGAAGUAGCUCUAGGUGCAUGGCUUCUUCCUUGGUGCGCAGUGGAUUUGUUCGAGGAUCUAUGACCCAAGGGAAUGGUUGUUACCAGCAUCGAUGCAUAAACCGCUCAUUAGAGGUCGCUGUUGACGGGAUCUGGAAAGCGUGUCCUGAGGCUGGAGGGCCAGUUCAAUUCCAUGGUUUUAAUGGUGAACUGAUCUGUCCUGCUUACCACGAACUAUGUAGCACUGCACCAGUUCCCUUAUAUGGCCAGUGUCCUACUUCAUGUAAUUUCAACGGUGACUGUAUUGACGGAAGGUGUCACUGCUUUCUUGGGUUUCAUGGCCGUGACUGCAGCAAACGUACUUGUCCUGUGAAUUGCAAUGGACGUGGCAGGUGUAACUCGAAAGGGAUUUGCGAGUGUGAGAAGGGGCACACUGGCAUUGACUGCUCAACAGCUGUUUGCGACGAGCAGUGCAGCUUGCACGGUGGAGUCUGCGACAAUGGCGUGUGUGAGUUCCGCUGCUCUGACUAUGCGGGAUAUACAUGCCAGAACAGCACCACACUCUUCCCUACCCUUUCAGUCUGCGGGGAUGUGCUGGCCAGGGAUGCAGCAGCGCAGCACUGCGCUCCGAGCGAGCCCAGCAUACUGCAACAGCUAGAAGCAGCUGUGGUCAUGCCCAACUACAACCGUUUGAUACCAGGUAGCCGGACCUUGUUCAGUAUCCUCGACAAUGGCUAUUGUGCUGCAGCUGCGAAGCGGCUCGCCUGCUGGAUAUCGAUACAAAGGUGUGACAAGGAUGGAGAUAAUCGGCUACGGGUGUGCCACUCGGCAUGCCGGUCCUACAAUGCGGCAUGUGGGGCCUGCCUCGAUUGCUCGGACCAGACCCUCUUCAGCAGUGAAGAGGAAGGCGAGGGGCAGUGCACCGGUUAUGGUGAGAUACGGCCGUGGUGGCUGCGCCGCUUCCGGAGCCUCUACUCGUCUUCCUCUUAGUAGUAGCUGGUACAGGACAGCCUUAGGAAAGUGUCUGUAAAAUAAUAGUGUUAUGUAUUUUUUUUGUAGGGUCCUUAUUGUAGGCAAUGGUGGCACGUGCUGCACGUGCACCCAUCUAGGAUUUUCUUCCAAUCAGGCCCAAAAUCCUUGAAGAAGAGGAUUUUUUUGGGUUGGGCUUUUCAAGAUGUGGGUCCCAAAUAGAGAAGGGAAAAAAAAAGAAAAAAGGAAAAAAAAAAAAUGUAAAAGAAGCUGUGUUAAGAGAAGGUGGUGGAAAGAGAAGAGGGUGGGCUCAGUCCCUUUCAACGGUGGUUGUAGCCUAUUUGGCUUAUGCCUGUUUUCCUAAUUCCAUUCCUUUUCAUUGUUGGGUCUUGAA